AUGCAGCGCGCUCUCUCUGCCCGGACUUCGGUCCUCUCCGCCGCUUCCAAGCGUGCCCCUUUCUACCGCUCCACCGGCUUGAACCUCCAGCAGCAGCGCUUUGCUCACAAGGACCUCAAGUUCGGCGUUGAGGCUCGUGCCCAGCUCCUCAAGGGUGUUGACACCCUCGCCAAGGCCGUCACCUCGACUCUGGGCCCCAAGGGUCGCAACGUCCUGAUCGAGUCCCCCUACGGCUCUCCCAAGAUCACCAAGGAUGGUGUGACUGUCGCCAAGGCAGUCCAGCUGCAGGACAAGUUCGAGAACCUCGGUGCCCGUCUCCUCCAGGACGUUGCCUCCAAGACCAACGAGAUUGCCGGUGACGGUACCACCACCGCUACCGUUCUGGCCCGUGCCAUCUUCUCCGAGACCGUUAAGAACGUCGCCGCCGGCUGCAACCCCAUGGAUCUGCGCCGUGGUAUCCAGGCCGCCGUUGAGGCUGCCGUCGAGUACCUCGUCCAGAACAAGCGUGCCAUCACCACCGGUGAGGAGAUUGCCCAGGUCGCUACCAUCUCCGCCAACGGCGACACCCACGUCGGCAAGCUCAUCUCUACCGCUAUGGAGCGCGUCGGCAAGGAGGGUGUCAUCACCGUCAAGGAGGGCAAGACACUGGAAGACGAGCUCGAGGUCACUGAGGGUAUGCGCUUCGACCGUGGCUAUACCUCCCCCUACUUCAUCACCGACCCCAAGGCCCAGAAGGUCGAGUUCGAGAAGCCCCUGAUCCUACUCUCGGAGAAGAAGAUCUCCGCCGUCCAGGACAUCAUCCCCGCCCUGGAGGCCUCCACCACCCUCCGUCGCCCCCUGGUCAUCAUCGCUGAGGACAUUGAGGGUGAGGCUCUCGCCGUCUGCAUUCUGAACAAGCUCCGCGGCCAGCUCCAGGUCGCCGCCGUCAAGGCCCCUGGCUUCGGUGACAACCGCAAGAGCAUCCUGGGUGACCUGGCUGUCCUGACCAACGGUACCGUUUUCACCGAUGAGCUCGACAUUAAGCUCGAGAAGCUCACCCCCGAGAUGCUCGGUACCACCGGCUCUAUCACCAUCACCAAGGAGGACACCAUUAUCCUGAACGGUGAGGGCAGCAAGGACAGCAUUGCCCAGCGCUGCGAGCAGAUCCGUGGUGUCAUGGCUGACCCCACCACCUCCGAGUACGAGAAGGAGAAGCUCCAGGAGCGUCUUGCCAAACUCUCUGGCGGUGUCGCCGUCAUCAAGGUCGGUGGUGCUUCCGAGGUUGAGGUCGGUGAGAAGAAGGACCGUGUCGUUGACGCCCUGAACGCCACCCGCGCUGCCGUUGAGCAGGGUAUCCUGCCCGGUGGUGGUACCGCCCUCCUGAAGGCCUCCGCCAACGCUCUGGAGAAUGUCAAGCCCGCCAACUUCGACCAGCAGCUCGGUGUUAGCAUCAUCAAGAGUGCCAUCACCCGCCCCGCCCGCACCAUCGUCGAGAACGCCGGUCUGGAGGGCAGCGUCAUCGUCGGCAAGCUGACCGACGAGUACGCCAAGGACUUCAACCGCGGCUUCGACAGCUCCAAGGGCGAGUACGUCGACAUGAUCGCCAGCGGUAUCGUCGAUCCCCUCAAGGUUGUCCGCACCGCCCUGGUUGAUGCCUCCGGUGUUGCCUCCCUGCUCGGUACCACCGAGGUUGCCAUCGUCGAGGCUCCCGAGGAGAAGGGCCCUGCUGCCCCCGCUGGCGGCAUGGGUGGCAUGGGUGGUAUGGGCGGCAUGGGCGGCGGCAUGUUCUAA